CAUUCUUUUGUGGAAUUACAGAACAUGGCCUCCAACGGUGGUUCAGGCGCGCAUACGCCGCAACCUCAAGCUCAGGUCCAGCCGUGCAGAUAUAAGACAGGAAAGACCCUCGGUGCAGGCAGUUACUCUGUGGUCAAAGAGUGUGUACACAUCGAUACAGGCCGAUACUAUGCCGCAAAAGUCAUCAAUAAACGCCUAAUGGCUGGUCGAGAGCACAUGGUCAGGAAUGAGAUUUCAGUACUGAAGCGCGUAUCUAUGGGUCACAGGAACAUUCUUACUUUGGUUGAUUACUUUGAAACGAUGAACAAUCUUUACCUUGUCACUGACUUGGCCCUCGGUGGGGAAUUGUUUGACCGAAUCUGUCGCAAAGGCAACUAUUAUGAAUCAGAUGCCGCAGAUCUCAUUCGAGCCACUCUAUCUGCCGUCGCCUAUCUACAUGACCACGGCAUCGUACAUCGGGAUCUGAAACCCGAGAAUCUGCUCUUCAGAACACCUGAGGAUAACGCUGAUCUUCUGAUUGCUGAUUUCGGCCUUUCUCGGAUCAUGGAUGAAGAGCAGUUUCACGUGCUAACGACUACAUGCGGAACCCCUGGUUAUAUGGCACCUGAGAUUUUCAGGAAGACUGGCCAUGGGAAGCCAGUUGAUAUCUGGGCAAUCGGUGUCAUAACAUACUUCCUUCUUUGCGGCUAUACUCCCUUUGAUCGCGACUCCAAUCUCGAGGAAAUGCAGGCUAUUCUAGUUGCCGACUACUCUUUCACCCCUCUCGAGUACUGGCGCGGCGUAUCUCAGACAGCGCGCGAGUUUAUCCGACGAUGCUUAACUGUGGACCCAGCAGCACGUAUGACGUCCCAUGAAGCUCUGUCACAUCCUUGGAUUGCGGACCUCGGGAAAUCAGACGCAGAAGGCGAAGAAGAUCUACUACCAACCGUCAAGAAGAACUUCAAUGCCAGGCGCACUUUGCACGCUGCCAUCGAUACGAUCCGUGCCAUAAACCAACUUAGGGCAGGCGGUGCAGCAGGGAUGAUGGAUGGUGUCAAGUCGAGUGAACCAAGGCGAGGUGCGCCUCCUGUCAAUAUUCCACAGCCAGCCGAGGAAGAAGAUCCCAUGGAAAUCGAUAGUCGAGGAAAUGGACACGGCCAGACUGACGAGAUGAUCAAAGAACAAGAACGAAGAAUCCACGAAACGCAGCAAGGGCUGUGGAACAAGCGUUAA